AUUUGAUUUGAGGUCCGAGAAGCCGAAGAUUCCACCGGAAGUAGUAUUCUUGUUUACAGCAGUUAGCUAAAGUGUUAGCUAGUUAGCAAAGUAGCAACCGGUAGAUAUAUCUAGCUAACAUAAAAGAGGAAGAUGAGCAGCUCGGAGGAGGUGUCAUGGAUCUCCUGGUUCUGUGGCCUGAGGGGGAAUGAGUUUUUCUGUGAGGUUGAUGAGGACUACAUUCAGGACAAGUUUAACCUGACAGGGCUCAAUGAGCAGGUGCCUCACUACCGCCAGGCCCUUGACAUGAUCCUGGACCUGGAGCCAGAUGAGGAGUUGGAGGACAACCCCAACCAGAGUGACCUGAUAGAGCAGGCAGCAGAGAUGCUGUACGGGCUGAUCCACGCACGCUACAUCCUCACCAACAGAGGCAUCGCUCAGAUGCUGGAUAAGUACCAACAAGGGGACUUUGGCUAUUGCCCAAGAGUGUACUGUGAGAAUCAACCCAUGCUUCCUAUUGGUCUGUCAGACAUCCCAGGUGAGGCGAUGGUGAAGCUGUAUUGUCCAAAAUGCAUGGAUGUGUACACCCCCAAGUCCUCCCGGCACCACCACACGGACGGGGCCUACUUCGGGACAGGCUUCCCCCACAUGCUAUUUAUGGUGCACCCAGAGUACCGGCCAAAACGACCUGCCAACCAGUUUGUGCCAAGGCUAUAUGGCUUCAAGAUCCACCCCAUGGCUUAUCAACUCCAACUCCAGGCUGCCUCCAGCUUCAAGAGUCCUGUGAAGGCUAUUCGCUAGAACUUAAACACUGGGAAAUAUACAUUUGGACUUGGUUGGAAUGAAAGCAGUGGAUUAUGUAGCUCAAUAAAGGCUUGUUAAAAACACAUUAUGACAGAUACAAUACAUACAUGUAGAUCAGGGAUGGGAAACUCCAGUCAUCGUAGGUCGCAGUAUUACCCCAUUCAUAGCAAACACAGCUGAUUCAACACGUAUUCUAAACUGAUGAUCAUGAUUAGUUAAUUAUUCGAGUCAGGUGUGUUAGCUGCAGCAAAAAUAUGACACCAAUCAGGCCCCAGAAGGACUGGAGUUGACCAUCCCUGAUGUAGUUAGAUGUCGACGUCCGGACCAGGCCAUCAUCUGUUACACAGGAUGCUCUUUGGUGAUUGGCUCCCUCUGUGCUUUAGCCUAUCAUAACCCUACUGACUACAAUCGUGCAACCUUUUUUCAGUUUGGCUCGCUAAGGCAGGGUUUUCCAAACUCAGUCCUGAGGCCCCCCCCCAGGUGCACGUUUAGUUUUUUG